UCACAAUUUCAUUAUUAUGGUGGGAUUUUACAGAAAAUUUGGCAUUUAUGCAGCCCAUCUAUGUUUGUUUGCUUGGUUCCGAUAUGGCUGCUUUGUCGCUACGCCUCUGGUCUUUACCUGCCGAUGGGAUGAGCUUCACAAGAUGUGUAAUGUGAAGAAAUAUCAGUUAUAAUGUUUCGUUAUGCUGAAUUAAUUACUAGGGAGGAAGGAGCAGGUAAGUGUUUGCUAUCUUUUAUGGCAGUGAGCUCGGCCAUCAAAACAUAAGGUCUUAAUAGACUCUACUUACUUUGCAUCAUCGCUUAUAACUUACAACUUAUACUCGAGACAAAACAAGACACAGAGCAACACUUCUCCUUCACCAUGUCUUCGAAUAUUGCAUCCAAACUGCAAAAAGAUACCUGUCCAUCAUCAACCAAUGCCCUGCCAGUCCAUGGCUACACACUUGUAGUAAAAACCAUAGGAGAUAAAACUACAAGAAGGCUAAGCGUGAGCCCAGAGUGUACCGCCGCCUCGACUCAAUUCAGGGCACGCAUAUCCCUCCCUGUAUGCCCUGGUUACCUGCGCCUGGAUCAAGCGGUACACUAUAGUAGUCGCGACUAUCACUGCUCCUUGCUUAUGAACUGUGGAGGCGAUCCUUUACAUGAGUGUGCGCAGACGCCGCCCAAGGAAACCCUCAUCGCGAAAGCCUCCAAUGUGUUUCAAGAGAUUCGAGAGCUUGAGAUUCUGCACUAUGAUGCCGAGACUCGCAACAUGCCCUAUAAACAGGAACUAGCUACGUCAUGAUGGUAGAUUAUAAACGGUCUAUAGUCCACAAGAUUUAGUCACGAUAACCGCACUGGUAAGAAGAGACAAUGUGGCGAUGUGCGCAACGGAAUAUCGAGAUCAGAGAAGAUCGUACGAGGAGGUGUUACAUCUUCAGCUCUGCUUGAACAGAGGCAUCCCAAGGGCGUAUACCUCUGCUGCUGGUCCUGAAAACGAAGAUAAGGGAGCCCGAGGGGUACAUGCUUUGAUGCUAUAUGAAGGAAGAUACUGGAGUGAGAUUAAUCUCGCUCGGUGGGACUAAGGCAGCCAAGCGCCUAUCUGUACCUAAUCUUCCUUUUCCAAGGCAUUGCAUUAAGCGCCAGCACAAAUGUCGGGCUGGUCAGCUGCCUGGCUUGCUAAGGCAAGGUCUCAUUCAUAGCUCAAAAAUUCUAGUAGAUGUAGAACCCAUGUAUCAAAAUGAUAGGAAGCCCGAGAACUUUCGGGCGCAAGGGAGAUCAUUCUCCC